AUGGAUAUUAGUAAUAAAAGUAAUAAUAGUAAUAAUAAUACCAAAGAUAGUUUUUUAAUUAUAUGGAGAAACAAGGUAUUAAAAAAAGAAAUUGAAAAGCAUUUAGACCUAUUUAGAAUCAAUUAUAGAGUGUUAUUUAAAAAAAAAGAAUUAUUGUUAAAUUUCAAAUACAGAGAUUAUAUUACCCACUUAAAAUAUAGCAUUGAGGAUGCAAUUUUACCAGGUGACAUACCCAAUUAUGUUAGAAUUCUAGAGAUUAAUGAAAUUGUAAAGAUAGAGGCACCUUUAGCAGGAGUAAUACCACCAUCAGUUCACACAUUAUAUGUAUAUGCAAAUUUCCAAACACCUCUGGAGGCAGGGUCUUUUCCAAAUUCAGUUAGAACUAUUGUAUUUGGUGAUUCUUUUGAUCAAAAGCUGGAUGUAGGAGUUAUACCACCAAUGAUCGAAUCUAUAUCGUUUGGUAAGAGUUUUAAUCAGUCAAUUUCGAAUGGAGUGAUACCUCAUUCAACAACAGAGCUUUUAUUUGGCAGAGAGUUUAAUCAAGCUAUUAAACCAGGUGACCUAUCGAGUAACUUGAGGGUAUUAAGGCUGGGUAGAUCUUUCAAUCGAAAUAUAGAGAAUUGUAUACCAGACUCUGUUCACACAUUGGAGAUUGGAGAAAACAAUCGACAGGUAUUAAAAGCAGGUACUAUCAAACCAUCUAUUAAAAAUCUAACAUUAAAAGGUUAUUGCAACAAAAAGAUGUUACCAAAUGGAGUGAUACCACCAGAAAUAGAAACCCUCACAUUUUAUAAGAGAUUUAAAAAUACAAUUAAGGGGAAUAGUUUCUUUCCACCAACUAUAACAUCACUAUAUUUUUUAAAUCAAUACGAUUCCCCAUUAAAACCAUGCGAAAUCCCAUCAUUUAUUAAAGAUUUAACAAUAGAUUGCUAUCACGGCUAUUCUUUACAAGGGAUUGUACCUGUAGGUGUAGAGAAAUUAACAUUUGGACAAUAUUUUAACCAGCCACUUAAAGGUGUUAUCCCAGGUACCGUCAAGUCAUUGGUUUUUGGUAAUUUUUUUAACCAACGUAUUAUUGUAGGUGAUAUACCAUUUGGUGUGGAGUCUAUCGAAUUUGGUGAAAGCUUUAGUCAAACCAUUCUUAAAAACACCCUCCCCACUACGAUAAAGUCAAUAGUUUUUGGAAAAAGAUUCGACAAGGAGUUGGUCAAUGAGGGAAUUCCCUUUUCAGUUAAAUCAAUUCAAUUUGGUGCUCAGUUCAAUCAAGCAUUAAAGUUUAAUGAUAUUCCUCCAACAUGUGAAUCACUUACAUUUGGUCCGUUUUUUAAUCAAAAGCUCAAUGUGGGUGAUCUACCUAAAUCGCUAAAGACUCUUACACUUGGAUGUUUUUACAAACGAUCUUUAAAUGCAGGUGUUAUUCCUAAAGGAGUGGAAACUCUAUCGCUCGGGGAUAUAUAUAACAGUCCAUUAAAAGAAUACGAUUUACCCCCAGCAUUAAAAACGCUCAAAUUCUCACUUUUGUUCAAUCAACCACUAGGUAAAAAUAUAAUUCCACAAUCUGUCCAAACCAUUAUAUUUGGUAGAGAUUUUAAUCAAGUUUUAAAAAAAGGGGAUUUAAAUAAUGGGUUGCAGUUUAUCAAGUUUGGCGGCGGCUAUAACCAAAUCAUUGAGGAUGAAAGUAUACCAGACUCUGUUAAAAUAAUAAAGUAUGGU